AUGAAUCUGCGAUCUGGUGCGGCCACUAAAGUCAAUAUUGCCAAAAAGAAAACAAAGAAGAAAGACGCGACAAACAUUUCAAACAAAGAAAUGGCGACGGGUAGCCUCGAAGCUACGAUCCAAACAAUGAUGCAGGAGCUCAAAGGAGAGAUCAAAGGGCUCAAAGAAGAUCUUAUCAAACAAAUUGGGAGCCUCAGAACGGACGUCGAGUCUUUCGCGACCGAGAUUAAACAAGUUCAAAAGGACGUAAAAGAAGUCCGGGCAGAGAUGGGAAAUGCGGUGGACAAGAUCGCAGAAGCCGAGGAAAGAAUCAACCAGUUGGAGGAAGGAGAGGUGACUAUAAACAACGCACUUAAACACCUCCUACGGGAACAUAAGAAGAUAAAUCAAAGCCUGGAGUAUCAAGAACAAAAAUCAAGGCAAUUUAACGCCCGAAUUUUUCAAGUAAUUGAAGGAAUAGAACAACAGGAUAUGGUGGGUUUCGUUAAAUCAAUACUGGUGGAACAGUUGAAGAUACCAGCCGACACAUUCCACAUCUGUGCAGCCCACCGCUCCCUCGCCAAAAAGCCGACGGGAGAAGAUGCAGCACCUCGGUCUAUUGUUGUCCGCUUUCUGUCGUGGAACACCCGAGAGAAAGUGGUAAAAACAGCGUGGGCGAAAAAAGACAUUACAGCUGGAGGUAAACGCAUUUAUUUUGACAGAGACCUACCUGAAAAGGUACAGAAAGAGAGACGCAGAUAUGCCCCACUAAGACUACAACUGAAAGAAAAAAAGAUUAAGUCCUUCAUAAUACACCCGGCGAAACUGAAGGUCUUCGAAGAGGAAGGAUCGUUCAUUAUUUACAACACACCGGAGGAUGCGGAGACGCAACUACGGGCCAAGGGAUUAAUCUCCACAGAGCCGUGCGUCGGAGCGCACCGUGGCAAGCAUGGCACACUGCGCAAAGAAGGAGCACAAUCGGCACCUUUCCAGAGGAGCGGCGGAGAUGAAGAGACUUUGGAGACCCUACUAGAAGACGCUAUGAGGGGACUGUAA